UAGGGAUCAUAUUUCCCUGUUAUCAAAACAAAUUGUUGAUUGAUAAAGUCCAUUUCUAAUAGACUUCACAGACAUGAACUGGGAAUUCAUAAAUCAAUGUCGAUUUCUUCUGUUUAUUUUACUAUUCCAUCGGACAGUUAGUUAUGGCCAUUUUGAGGACCAUGAGACGUUCGGACCUUCACACAAAGUCGUUGACCAAACUUCGAAGGACAAAGUGGAAGUGUUAGGAUCCGCGUUGAAGAAACAUAUACAUCUACUUCGCAAAACAUCAGAAACGAAGGUUGAUCUCAUUUUCUUGGUCGAUAGUUCGGCUAGUGUAGGAAAAAGUAAUUUUGGUAAUGAAUUAAAAUUUGUUCGGAAACUAUUAGCUGAUUUUGUAGUGGACAAUAAUCAUACAAAGAUAGCUGUGAUAACGUUUUCCUCACGGAGGUUUGUACUGAGACAGAUAGAUUAUAUAACACCACAACCGCAGGAAAAACACAAGUGUACCUUAAUUGAUGAUGAUUUACCUAAUAUAAGAUAUAAAGGAGGCGGUACCUACACCCUAGGUGCAUUCCGAGAAGCUAAGGAAGUCUUAAAAUCUGCAAGGCAUGAUGCAAGCAAGGCCAUUUUUCUGAUAACAGAUGGAUUUUCAAAUGGUGGUGAUCCUAGGCCUGAUGCAAGAAAAAUCAGAGAAAGUGGAGUUAAGAUAUUUACUGUGGGCAUUGCCAACGGCAACAGGGAUGAAUUAUGGGAUAUGUCAUCUGAACCAAAAAAUGAAACGAGUUUCAUUCUUGAUAGUUUUGAAGAAUUCGAAUCGUUGGCAAGAAGAGCAUUACAUGAAGAUCUAGGUCGCGGUGACUUUAUUGUACAGCCAGAAGAUAAGUGCAGUGGGCUAUGUUUUAAAGGAUUUGAUUGUUGUGAUAAGAAGGCCACCUGUAAAUGUGGCACGUAUACAGGGACAUAUGAAUGUAUUUGUGGACCAGGUUACUAUGGCACCGGUCUAAGAGAAUCGUGCAAACCAUGUCCACCAGGAACAUAUAAAGCUCGGCCUAGUCCUGGCGAUGUAAGUACGUGUACCAGAUGCCCGGAUGAAAACCACACAACUGGUAAGGGAGCUGUUGAUUUCUCACAAUGUGCCUGCAAGAAGGGAUUCAGAGAUUUCAAUAAUACUGGAUGUGUUGCGAUGCGAUGUCCAGCAUUAAGUGCUCCUAGGAAUGGAUAUUUUGUAAAUGAUAAAUGUGACAACGUUUUCAAUGCUGCGUGUGGUAUCAGGUGUAAGCCUGGUUAUUAUCUUAAAGGGAGCAGUCUGAGAAUUUGUCAAGAAGGAGGAUCAUGGAGCGGCAGACAAACAGAGUGUAUAAUGAAAACCUGCCCAGCUUUACCUAGACCAAAAAAUGGAAACAUGAUUUGUGAUAAAGAUGGGUUUUCAUUUUCGACAGUAUGUCGUUUUACAUGCGAUACUGGAUAUAAGUUGGUGGGUUCCAGGAAGAGAGAAUGUCUUGCUAUCGCGGCUUGGACUGGUAUCAAUACCAGAUGCAGAGAAAUAACAUGCAGACCUUUGCCAUUCAUAAAAGAUGGGAAGGUAUAUCCUUCAGCUUGUACUAAAGAUAAUGUCCAAUUCGGAACUACGUGUCAGAUUACUUGUUACCAUGGAUACUCCGUUGUUGGUCCUCCUAUUAAGCAAUGUACACCAGAUGGAAUGUGGGUUCCGUCAGCACGAGGAGAAAUGACUCAUUGUGAAGACACAAGUCCACCAAUUAUGAAGUGUCCGCCUGACGUAGAAAUAGACGCCGAUCCAGACGAUAGUAGUGCAGAAGUUAUUUGGCAACCACCAGUUGCUCUUGACAACUCUGGAAUACGACCGAUUGUAACCGUUGUUCCCGCAAUUGAACCACCAAAACGGUUUCCUAUUGGUUUUACAAAGGUCAAAUAUAUAGCAGAAGAUCUAAGUGGGAACAAGAUUAAAUGUAAAUUCACUGUCCACGUUAAAGAUGUUACGCCACCUAUGGCAGACCGGUGUGUCUCACCUUUCCCAUAUAUUACAUCUGAACAAUAUGCCAAUGUAACGUGGGAUGAACCAGAGUUCAGCGAUAAUUCUGGAACCGUAACUCGAGUGGAGAGGAACAUUGCCCCGGGUUUGUUUCCACAGGGAGAAACUGAGGUUAUUUACACUGCGUUUGACAACAACGGCAACAACAACACAUGUGUGAUCAAAGUCAAUGUAUUACCCCACCCAUGUCAGUAUCCACCAGUCCCUGUCAAUGGUGAACGAGAAUGUUUUGAGACAGACGAAGGUGUCCACUGUAGUGUGAACUGUUUGGAAGGUUAUGCGUUUGCUAUACAACCUGCUGACGGCUAUUUCUGUGCAUAUGACCAAAAAUGGAGACCAGAGGGCAAAUUACCUAUUCCUGACUGUUCUGUUGAGACGUCUUCCAACAGUGUGGCACAGCCUGCUUCAGUGACGUAUAUUGGAUCAAUUCCCUGCGGCAAAGAAAUUCUCGUCAACGAAAUGGAAAGUAUAUUUCAACAGAAAGUCAAAGAACAGAUAGCCGCCAUAUGCGACGAAAAUGUAGUUUGUGAAGUAGAAAAUAUACAGACAUCUUGCGAAGAGGAAGACGAAGAUUUCAAUAAAAUAAAGUUGGUGUUUAAUCAUAGAAAUAGACGAAAUGUUAACGAGUUUACACGUUUGAAGAGAGCAACAAACCCACAGAAGAAAAGCAAGAAGAAAAGUUACUCGAUAACUUUUACCUUUACAGUGAAAGGUAAAAUGAAGAAACCAAAUAAGGACAAAAGUCCCACUAAGAAACUAGACAAAUUAGAAAGUUCGAUGGAACAAGUGGCUGACACUGUACAAAUAGAGGCACAACAAGGAACAUGGGAUUUAAAGAUGAAAAAUGCAAAAAUGCAGUUUUCCAACAUCUCCUAUGAUUCUGAACAACAAAAGUUGGAAUGUGAGGAAGGAAGUAUACUGAUUAACACAUCUUGCAUUAGAUGUCCUGUUGGUACAUUUUUCAAUGUACUACAACAGAAAUGUGAGAGUUGUCUUAGAGGAUCAUACCAACCAGAGGAAGGACAAUACACUUGUCAUUUAUGUCCUAAUUUAACAUCAACUCAAAGCAGUAACUCCAGGAGUAAAGAGGACUGUAAAGCUCAAUGUCUCCCUGGAACAUUUUCAAAGGACGGUAUAGAGCAAUGUACAACGUGCCCAAAAAGCUCAUACCAAAACCUUUAUGGUCAGACAACAUGCAACAAUUGUCCAAGAAGAAUCACAACACUUAGAAGGGGUACCAGAAGGCUGAGCAUGUGUAAAGCGGAAUGUAGUCCAGGAUAUGCAUCUAAGACCGGUUUAGAACCCUGUUUACCUUGCCCAAAAGGAACAUAUCAGUACGAUACAGGGAAAACAUUCUGUUUGAACUGCCCUGGUGAAGGCAAGACAUUAGAUACUGCAAGUACUGAUGUUUCUGAAUGCCAAGGUUCUAACACUGAUUACCAGUCAGAUAUUCCAGUUGAAGUAGAUUUUGAUGAAUGUUUUGCAAAACCGUGUAAAAAUGGAGCAACAUGUAGGAGCCGAGGAGGAUUUGGAAUAAUGUGUAUUUGUGGUCCAGGUUAUACGGGUGCAUAUUGCGAGAAAGAACUAGACGAAUGUGAAUCUGAUCCAUGUUUCAAUGGAGGAAGUUGUGUAGAUCUUAAAGUGGAUUACUCAUGUAAAUGUGUAGCUGGAUUUACAGGUAAAAAGUGUGAGGUAAAUAUUGAUGAAUGUUUAGGACAACCGUGUGUAAACAAUGGAACAUGUGUUGACGGUAUCAAUAACUACAACUGUUCAUGUCUUCCUGAGUAUGAAGGUCCAAGAUGUGAACGGAUCAAAGACGACUGUAAGGACGCUCAAUGUCAGCAUGAAGGUGUAUGUGUGAAUACGUUACAGGGAUACAACUGUCAAUGUGCCAAUGGCUACUCUGGUGUCAACUGUGAGAUUGACAAUGAUGACUGUUCUUCAGGACCUUGUCGGAAUGAUGGUACCUGUGUUGAUGAAGUAGCAGGAUUCAGCUGUGUAUGCAUGCCAGGGUACACAGGAAAACAGUGUCUGAAUGAAAUUGACGAGUGUGCUUCUUUGCCCUGUUUCCAAGGUGCUACAUGUGUGGAUCGCAUUAAUUCAUUCGAAUGCAUUUGUCCCCAAACAUUUUCUGGAAGACUCUGUGAAACAGAACUUGACAGCAAAUAUUUGCUUGACUUCCCUAGUUCGGGGACAAUAAAUUAUUCAACAUUUAAAAUGGGCAGAGAGAUGUCAGCCUUUUCUAUUGGUUUUUGGAUCAGGACAUCUGAUGAGAUAAACCAGGGUACACCUUUCUCUUAUUCUGUAGGAGCAUUUGAUAAUGCAUUGACAAUAACGAAUUAUGAUGGAUUUGUAAUUUAUGUUAAUAACAAAAAGAUAAACACCGAUGUAAAAGUGAACGAUGGAACAUGGCAUCAUGUGUUAGUCACUUGGUCUACAGAAAAAGGAGCUUGGAAAAUUUACAAAAAUGCAUUUCUAUGGGACGAGGGGUAUAAUUUAGCUGCAGGAGAAACAAUUAAAGGUGGUGGAAAGGUUAUGAUAGGACAGGAGCAAGAUAAAGGUGGUACCCUUAGUCCAACGGAAUCAUUUGUGGGACUUCUUACAAACCUUAAUGUGUGGUCUAAACAACUUACUCAGUCGGAGAUAGAAACCAUGAUAGUCACAUGUGAUAAGAACUUAGGUGACAUCAUAGCAUGGUCUGACGUACAAUCAGGGCUUCAUGGAGAUUUACAGCCGAAUCCCUCGGGCUUUUGUCAAGACUGCCCUAUCCCAUCUAAGCCUUUGUACAGUACUGUAAAGUAUGCUGGUACAAAGAACAAUGAUACUGUCAGCUAUACUUGUCCCAGAGGAUACGAUCUAGAUGGACCAUCUUCCAGGCGAUGUCUUGUAACCAGUCAAUGGGAAAAAGUGGAACCAGUAUGUUUACGUGUAGAUUGUGGAUUUCCCGGAGUGAUUCGUAACGGAUACCUCAAAGGGAGCACAUAUAGUUUUGAUAACAGAGUAAGGUAUGAAUGUAAAUCUGGAUACAGGCUGUUUGGAAAUACCACCAGAUAUUGUACGGAAAAAGGUGAAUGGGAAGGUUUAGCGCCAACGUGUGAAGAAAUAAGAUGUGUCCUUCCAAUAUUGUCCGAAAAUACCAGAGUUGUCUCUACAGACAAGCAGUCAUAUCAGCAGGGAGACAUUGUGUCGUUUACUUGCACCACUGGAUAUCGUUUGUUUACGGACCACGAUUCUGUCACGUGCCAGGAAGAUGGUACAUGGGAUGAAACCAUGCCAACUUGUGACACACAAACUUGCAAAUCCCCACCUUCAGUGGUAAAUAGUUGGAUUAAUGAAGACCGUGAUUCCUAUUCAGUUGGAUUUGAAGUGACGUAUACAUGUGAUUAUGGAUAUAAAUUAUCGACAGAAACUUUGAACCAGAAAGGAAAACUACAUUGUUUACCGUCCGGCGAAUGGGAGAACAAUCUUCCUCGGUGUACAAUAAUCACAUGUCAAAAACCACCAACAGUGCCUAAUGCUCUACGGACAUAUGAUUCAUUAAAUUAUCUGUCGAUAGCAGAGUAUGUCUGUGAAAGCGGGUAUACUAUAAAUGGAAGAAAUGUUUUAGAAUGUAUAGAAAGUGGUUUCUGGGAUCCAGCACCACCUGAUUGUGAUCCAGUUGAAUGUGGCCCGACUGAUUCUCCUCCAAAUGCUAUAGCGAAUGCUGCUACUACAACUUACGGAAGCAUUGUUAAUUAUCAAUGUGAGCCAGGUUUCAACCUUAAUGGUGGAAGAACGAGAGAAUGUUUAGCCAACGGCACUUGGAGCGACAGCCCUCCUCGCUGUUUUCCAGUUUCUUGUGGACAACCAGAUAGAAUUGAGCAUGGCAGUGUUGUUACCAAUAGUUUUACAUUUAAGAAUACUGCGACUUAUACAUGUGAUACAGGUUAUAACUUGAUAGGAGAUCCAGAAAGAAUAUGUAUGGCGACUGGAUUAUGGUCAUCUGCUUUACCAACGUGUUCAAAAUUAGAAUGCGAUAUACCUCCUAACAUCGACCAUGGCGAUUACACAGAAUCAAGCUUCUAUUACGAGGAUGUAGUGACAUACAAAUGUGAACAUGGAUAUAACAUUGAUGGCAAAUCUACAAUUCAGUGUCAGGGAGAUGGAAAAUGGUCAUCAUUGGAAACUACUUGCCAGAUAGUGCAUUGUCCAAAUCUUACCGCUCUAACAGGUGGACAAAUUUCUACAACUGGACAAACAUUUCGAAGUGUGGCUACAUAUUCAUGCAAUGAUGGGUACACAAUGGAUGGCGAAAACAUCAGAGUUUGCCAGCCUGAGGGAUUUUGGUCAGGUAAAGUACCAACAUGCAAUCCCGUGGUAUGUCCUAAUCUAUCAUCACCUGAAGACGGGAAAGUUUCAGUUACUAGCCAGACGUAUCCUAGUAUUGCAAAAUAUGAAUGCAAUGUAGGAUAUAUUAUGGAAGGAGAAAGUGACAGAGUUUGUCAACCAGAUGGAUCAUGGUCCAGCAAAGCGCCAAACUGUGUCCCUGUUUCGUGUCCUACGUUAACGGAGCCAGAAAAUGGACGUAUCAUUAAUACGGGAAACAUCUUCGGUAGCAAUGCUACAUAUUUAUGCAACGAUGGAUAUACUAUCAAAGGUAAAAGUAUGAUGAGAAUGUGCCAAUCAGAUGGAAUUUGGUCUGGUUCCUCUCAAACAUGUAUACUUGUUAACUGUCCAAACUUGGUCGAACCAGAUGGAGGAAGUAUUUCAAUAACCAGUUUGAUGGUGAAAGGUGUUGCAACGUAUGCAUGUAAUAACGGCUAUUUAAUUAAGGGGGAAACUAUAAGUGUAUGUCAGCAAAAUGGGGUCUGGUCUAAUAAGGCACCGAUAUGUGACCCUGUUUCAUGUCCAGUUUUAGAAGCACCAGAUAACGGCAAUGUCAAUACAUUCGGUCAAACAUUCCGCAAUAUUGCUACAUACUCAUGCAGUGAUGGAUAUUCUAUGGUCGGUGGAAGUAUAAGAGUAUGCCAAUCAGAUGGAACUUGGUCCGGUACUUCACCAAACUGUAGACUUGUAACAUGUCCAUCCUUGACCAUUAUAGAAUGGGGAAGUAUUUCUAUCACGAGUUUAACUGUAAAUGGUGUCGCGACAUAUUUGUGUGAAGAAGGGUAUUUGAUUGAAGGCAAUAAUAUAAGAGUAUGUCAACAAGAUGGGGUAUGGUCAAGCAGUGCAUCAACAUGUGUUCCAAUCUCAUGUCCUCUUUUAACAGCACCAAAUAACGGGCAGCUAUCUACCACAGGUCAAACGUACCGUAAUAAUGCUACAUACUACUGCAACGAUGGUUAUACAAUCGAUGGGGAAAGAUUAAGAAUAUGUCAGUCAAAUGGAACUUGGUCAGGCUCUUCGCCAAUUUGCAGUCUUGCAACUUGUCCAUCUUUGGAAACCCCAGAAGGAGGAAGUGUUUCUACAACUAAUCUAACGGUCAGCAGUAUUGCAACAUAUUCCUGUCUUGAAGGGUAUUUGAUAGAAGGUGAAAACAUAAGAGUAUGCCAACCAGAGGGUUUUUGGUCCAGUAAAGCUCCAUCGUGUGUCUCUGUUUCAUGUCAAGUUUUAGAAUCACCAGAUAACGGCAAUGUCAAUACACUGGGUCUUACAUUCCGCAAUAUUGCUACAUACUCAUGCAGUGAUGGAUAUUCUUUGGAAGGUGGAAGUAUAAGAGUAUGUCAAUCAGAUGGAACUUGGUCCGGUACUUCACCAAACUGUAGACUUGUUACAUGUCCAUCCUUGACCAUAGAAGGAGGGAGUACUUCUAUCACACGUUUAACUGUGAAUGGUGCUGCGACAUACGUGUGUGAAGAAGGAUAUUUAAUUGAAGGCGAUAAUAUAAGACUUUGUCAGCCAAAUGGGGAAUGGUCAGGCAAUGAACCAAACUGUGUCAUAAUCUCGUGUCCUAUUUUAAUGGCACCAAAUAACGGGCAGCUUUCAACCACAGGUCAAACAUACCGUAAUAAUGCUACUUAUUCUUGCAGCCAUGAAUAUACCAUCGAAGGGGAAAGUUUACGAAUAUGUCAGUCAAAUGGAACUUGGUCAGGUGUUUCGCCAAAUUGCAGUCUUACAACUUGUCCAUCUCUGAAAAUACCAGCAGGAGGAAAUGUGUCUACAACUAAUCUAACGGUCAGUGGUAUUGCUACAUACUCCUGUGAUGAAGGAUAUUUAAUGGAAGGAGAAAAUAUAAGAGUGUGUCAACCACAGGGAUUCUGGUCAAGUAGAGCACCGACAUGUGUUCCUGUCUCAUGUCCAGAUUUAGAAGCACUAGAUAAUGGGGUUAUUUCUACAACAGGUCAGUCAUUCCUGAGGACUGCCACUUAUUCAUGCAAUAUUGGAUAUAAGAUAGAUGGAAACAGUGAGCGAGAGUGUCAAUCAGAUGGAACUUGGUCUGGAACGUCCCCAACAUGUAGUCUAAUUACCUGUCUGAAUUUGACAUCAUUAGAUAAUGGCAAUGUUUCCACAAAUAAUAUGACAGUUAAUGGCAUUACACAAUAUUCAUGUAACGAAGGCUAUUUCAUGGAAGGUGAAAACACCAGACUUUGCCAGACAAAUGGUUCGUGGACUGGCACUGCUCCAGAAUGUAGUCCUGUUACAUGUUCUCCGUUAUUGCAACCGAAUGGUGGAAACAUUGAAGCAAAUAAUCUCACAUUUCGUGGAGUAGCAACAUAUUCCUGUAAAAUCGGAUUUAUCAUGGAAGGUGACAACAUACGGAUAUGCCAGUCAAAUGGCCUCUGGUCUGGUUUAGCACCGAAUUGUACGCCAAUCAAUUGUCCAAUCCCAACAAAUCCCAAUCAGGGAAGCUUCAACACAACGGGAUUUACGGUAGGAAGCGUUGUCACAUUUUUCUGUAAUUAUGGAUUUAACAUAGAGGGAGAAUCUAUUGGAGUGUGUCAACCGGAUGGCGCUUGGUCUGCAAAACCACCAACUUGUUAUUCUAUCGUUUGUGCAGUUUUAUAUGACACAGAAAAUGGGAAGGUAGAAACAAAUGGUCAGACGUUUGGCAGUAUAGCUACUUAUUCAUGCUACCCUGGAUAUGCAUUCGAGGGCAAUAACACUCGGAUUUGUCAGUCAGACGGACUUUGGUCAGGGAAAAUACCGGAAUGCGUUGCUAAAACAUGUGCCCCUCCACCACCAUUAGAUAAAGGUGAAGUUUCAUAUAAAGAUUUGGAUAUCCAGUCUGUAGCGUUAUAUCUUUGUAAUGAUGGUUACAGACUUGUCGGUGAUUAUGAUGUUAGGCGAUGUAUGAAUAACCUGACAUGGAGUGGAUCACAACCAUCCUGCGAGGAAAUCAGGUGUCAAGAACCACUAACAAUUACAAACGGGUUUUUAUCAACCACAGGGAUGACAUAUAACUCUGUUGCGUCAUUUGAAUGUAACAUGGGUUUUCAAUUGAAUGGAAACCGUGAACUUACAUGUACAAAGUCAGGAGAAUGGUCAGGUCAAUAUCCAUCCUGUGAUAUCAAGGAAUGUGAAACUCCAACACGGGUGAUAUCAAACGGUCGCAUGAUUGGCGAAAGAUUUACAUAUGGGGAAACAAUAUCGUACACUUGUGAUAUUGGAUAUAAUUUGUCUGGAUCAGUAAACAGAACAUGCCUUCAUACUGGAGACUGGAAUGAACCCAUUCCAAUCUGUGAGAUAGUCCGAUGUUCUCGUCCAAGAAUUGCUCAUGGUUUAACAUCUACGUUUAAAAAUGAAUAUGAUACACGGAUAACUUACUCUUGCAGGAAAGGACAUGUCCUCUUUGGACCACUUGAACGAUUGUGUUUGGCUAACGGAAGUUGGACCGGUCCAAAUCCUGUGUGUGUAAAAUGCAAUGAACCUCCGAAAUUACAGAAUGGCGUUGUUAAUAUUAACAAUGAAAUUGCAACAUAUGAAUGCGAUGUUGGAUAUAAUUUAUUUGGGAAUAAAAGACUUGAGUGUCAAAUGGACGGAUCAUGGAUUAACGAUCUUCCAAUAUGUGUUGCUAUUGAAUGCGAUGAUCUGUCAACUGAAGAUUUUGCUAACGGAAUUAUAUCACAGACAGGUUAUUUUUAUAAUGAUACUGCUAUCUUUACAUGUAGCGAAGGGCAUGACCGUAUAGGCCCUUAUCAACGACAGUGUCUAGACGAUGGAUCGUGGUCGGGAACAUGGCCUAUUUGUACCACAGUUACAUGCCCUGCUAAGUCAUUUAUUGAAAACGGCAGAGUGGAGGGUAACAAUGCAUAUAAUUCUAGUUUAUUUUUCACUUGCAAUGAAGGUUACAAGGUAGUAGGACAGCCAUCAUUGGUGUGUUUAUCCUCCGGUUUAUGGUCAGGAAUCACACCUAAUUGUACUAAAGUUGAAUGUAACCCACCUCCUAAUGUUAUUACCAACGGAAGGGUAUUAGGCAAUGAAUAUACUUAUAAAAAAAACAUUACAUAUCGAUGUGAUACUGGAUAUGAGUUACAAGGAUCUGCAAUAAUAAUUUGUCUUGAAUCUGGGCAAUGGGAUGAACCGCUACCUUCGUGUGAAUUAAUACAUUGCGAUUCUUUACAAUUGUUACAUGCAUCAAUAUCUUCAAAUAAUAAUGAAUAUGGUAGCAACGUAACUAUCUCUUGUGAUGAAGGCUAUGUUAUGUUUGGUGAAUCUGAAAGACUGUGCCUGGCUAAUGGUAGUUGGACAGGUUCAGAUCCUGUAUGCAUUAUGUGCAAAAAGGCACCUAAUCUGUCACAUGGUACAGUUGGCAUUAAUGACAAAAUAGCAACAUAUGAAUGCAAUACAGGCUAUAACAUGAUCGGCAAUAACAUACUUGAGUGUCAGCAAGACGGUUCGUGGAUCAAUAGUCUUCCAAUAUGUGUUACAGUCGAAUGUGAUGAUUUGACGGAUGAAGUGUUUACAAAUGGAAGCAUGGCUCAAACAGGUUAUUUCUAUGGCGAUACUGUUGAUUUUGUUUGCAAUGAAGGCUAUGAUCUUAUCGGUUCAAAUCGACGAAGAUGUUUAUUAGACGGUUCGUGGUCUGGAACAUGGCCAAUUUGUCUGAUAGUUAGAUGUCCAGGUAAUUUUGAAAUAGUAAAUGGUAAAAUCAAAGGGGACAAUGUUUACAAAUCAAAUUUAACAUUUACGUGCAAUGAGGGUUAUCAGAUAGUAGGCGAUCCUAUUCUGACUUGUCAAUCGACAGGUGCGUGGUCUGGAACAGUGCCAUAUUGUGAGAUAAUAGAAUGUGAAAGAUUACCGCAAAUUUCACAUGGAUCAGUUUCAGUGAACUCGUUUACAGUGGGUGGCCGUGCCGUGUAUAGCUGCGAACAAACCUAUGAACUUACAGGAGACCCUACACGAAUAUGUCUAAAUACUGCAUUUUGGUCAGGAGAAGAACCACACUGUGUCCAACUAAGGUGCCCACCACCGACUCCAAUACAACAUGGAUCAAUUGUAGGAAAUUCAUAUGUCAUAGGACAAAAUAUAAAAUAUUAUUGUGCUGAGGGAUUCAUAUUGCAAGGCAUACCAUUCCGACUUUGUCUUCAUCAACUGAUGUGGUCAGGCACCGAUCCAAUUUGUAUACCAGUGAGAUGUGAGAGACCUUCUCCUGUUAGUCAUGGGACGAUCAUCAACAGUACAAACGAAAAUGUUUUCGGUGAUAAAAUACAGUAUCAAUGUGACGAAGGCUAUAUAACAGCAGAUGAAGUUGAAAGACAGUGUACAGCUCACGGUCAAUGGUCUGGUAUUGCGCCUUCAUGUUCUAUUGUAAAAUGUGGUCCACCAAAGGAAAUAAAUAAAGCAACAAUAUUUGUUUUGAAUGAUUCUUCAUUUUCAUUCCGAUCCACUGUUUUAUUAGAGUGCAUAGAAGGAUAUACAAGUGUAUCAGGCAAAUCAAUAACAUCAAUAUGCACAAGCGAGGGUGUAUGGUCCGUAUCUUUCUUAGAAUGCUACAAAAUGCAGUGUCCGCCAUUAGGUUCUCUUACCAACGGUCACAUGGCUGCAACCGGAUUGAGUUUUAAUGACGUAGUUACAUUUUCGUGCAAUGAAGGUUUCACAUUAAAUGGUACUUCUGAGAUGACAUGCUUAUCUUCAAGUACUUGGAGCUCGUCUGUGAUGCCAACGUGUGAUAAUAUCAUUUGCCCACCUCCAGAACGGUUGGCUUAUGGAUUUAUUCAGGGAAAUAAUUAUACGUAUGGCAACACUAUUUCCUACGUAUGCAAUAUUGGAUAUACACUCACAGGAGAUAACAUACGCACAUGUGUACAAGGUGGUGGAUGGUCUGGAAGACAACCAUUCUGUAAUCAAAUCACUUGCAACUUACCACAACAAAUUCCCAAUGGGCAAUGGAACUCGUCGGAUGCUUCAUUUUCUUACAAUUAUGCAAUAAGCUUUUCGUGUACCAGUGGCUAUAUUGCAAAUAGUGGUAGCACUCUUCGUUGUUCCGAAACCGGUAGGUGGGAAGGAGAUCCUGUAUCGUGUGUAAUAGUUACCUGCCCUGAACCAACUUACAUUUUAAAUGGAAACGUUAAUUAUAAAGAUGUCACUUAUAAUAACGAAGCUGACUAUGAAUGCAAUCCCGGAUAUGAACUUCAAGGUGAUGAUAAGCUUAUAUGUUUAGAAUCCGGAAAUUGGGAUAAAUCUGCUCCGUCAUGUACUUCUGUUAAUUGUGGAGUACCGGAUUUUGUUCCCUUUGCUGUUAUCAACGGAAAUGUUUAUACUUUUGGAAACAUUAUUACAUACAUUUGUCAAAAUGGGUAUACUAUUGCUGGUGACUCAACUAGAACGUGUUCAUCAAAUGGGGAAUGGAGUGGAUACCCCCCAGUUUGUAAUGCUAUCAGCUGCGAGGUACCACCCGAUGUGAACAAUGCCAUACGAUUGGGUACUGAUUUUACAUAUCAGUCAACAAUAAUAUAUCACUGUAGUACCGGUUAUAGUAUUGCUGGGACUGAGACAUUGAUUUGUGGUUUAAACGGUAAAUGGCUUGGUGAUUUGCCUUCAUGCGAGAUUAUAUCAUGUGGACCACCUCCUGUUAUUCCUUUCUCUACGACUACAGUUACGGGAUUAACAUAUGGGUCAACGGUCAACUACGUCUGCAAUGGCGGAUACAUAAUUAACGGUGAUCCUAUAGCAAUGUGCGAAGAAAAUGGCAGAUGGACGUCAACAGGAAACCCUGUUUGUCGUCCUGUCGAUUGUGGAAGACCUGUUGAAGUCUUAAAUGGAAAUGUUCAGUUUACAUCAACCACAUACCAAUCAAAUGCUACCUAUACGUGUGACAAUAUGUUUUCGUUAGUUGGCCAAUCAACGAUUCAUUGCAAUAGAAGAGGAUUAUGGGAUGGUGUCAUUCCAAUAUGUAAAUAUACCACAUGUGGAGAACCGAUUCUUUCUGGUAAUGUGAACAUUGUUGGAGGCGGAAACUAUGCUAUAGGAGAAACUGUCAGAUACGUAUGUCCAGAAGGUCAUAUUUUGAUUGGAAGCGUUAAAAGUGAUUGUUUAGAAAGUGGUUAUUGGAGUGGAACUUUACCUCAGUGUGUGUAUGUAGCAUGUGGACCUUUACAAAUACAUGACCAUGCGUUAAAGAUACAAGGUAUCCAGAACCGCACUUAUCAUUUAGCUGAUACACUGCAGUUUGAGUGUGAGAGAGGGUAUAGACUACAAGGGCAGUCUUCUAUCAUGUGUCAGACCAAUGGAACAUGGAGUGCCAACGCUCCAACAUGUACACCGAUUCCUACAGCAAUAUCACAAACCAUUCUGGAAGUAUGCCCUUCAGUGAAAGUAAUUACUCAUAGCAAAGAAGUUGUGAUACCAGUACGUUCAGGGAGCUCAGUAGACAUCCAGUGUUCAACAGGAUAUCAAAGUGUAGGGAAUAUGUCUGCUGCUUGUUCCUACGAUCAGUCAUGGGUAAAACCAACUGGUUAUUGUAGACGAGCAUUUUGUGGAAAACCUAGAAUAACUGACAUGGUGAAUGUAGUCCGCGUGCAAGGCUCUUCUUAUUUCUACGGCGAUCAGAUCCGUUUCCGGUGUCGACCAGGAAUACUUCCUGUUAAAAUUCCACCAGUGCUAACUUGUACUGAGUCUGGAUCCUGGGAUGGAAACAUUGCUUGUUCUUUGCCAUGCAAAGGAGGUUGUUUCAAUGGUGGCAUGUGUCUUGGAUUAUACGGUUGCAAAUGUCCGGCUGGAUUUGGAGGGAAAUACUGUGAAAGAGCUUACUGUAUACUUCCGUGUCUCAAUGGUGGAACCUGUAUUUCUCCUUAUCUGUGUUCCUGUCUGCCCGGGUACCGGGGAUCACGCUGUCAAUCACCUAUAUGUGAUCGACCAUGUCAGUACGGAGGAACUUGCAUUAAGCCUAACAUGUGUCACUGCAAGCAUGGAUUCAAGAAACCUUUCUGUGAUCACCCGAAUACGAGGUCUUUACCAUCUCUCCCACCUCCUAUAAGAUUACAUACUAUUCCGCCAAUAUCAGAGCUAUCUAGGACAAUAGACGAAAACUUGGGAACAACGCAUCACAGGGUAGAAGUGGCAACAAUAACAACUACGGAAUCUUUAACUACACCAACAUCAAGACCAACAAGAAGCCGUGAGACAACAUCGAGACCAACAAGAAGCCAUGAGACAACACCGAGACCAACUGAAAGCCGUGAGACAACAUCGAGACCAACAAGAAGCCGUGAGACAACAUCGAGACCAACAAGAAGCCGUGAGACAACACUGAGACCAGCAUAUUUAGAUUACAUUGACUAUGAGUUCCGGGUUCCAGAUCCUAACUAACUCAUAACUAGAUCUGUAUGAUCGGAUGAAUAUCAUUUUUAAAUAUGUGUCAAGUCGAGGAUAGUAUAUAAUUGGUUUAGUGUAAACCUUUCAUCCGUAUUUUGUUAAUAAAUAAUGGUGUUCUUUAAACACAGUUACAACUUAAAAUAAGUUCAAAUCUUGAAUAGUUGCAUUUUGGCUUGUGAACCAAAGACUAGGAGAGUUAUAAUAACUUAUUUGCAACCAUUUUUCAGGUCAAUUUACUGUAAUAAAAAGCUUUAACUUGG